UUUGUGUUUGUCCAGGACGAAGAUCGAUGAGAUCCAGCAGAGGAAAGAGGAGGAGCUCAAGUCCAUGCACAUCCGCAUCCAGAAACUACAGGCUGACCUCGCCUCAGCCAGUCAGAGUAUAUCUGAGCUGAAGGAGCAGCUCCAGAGUAAAGAGAAGGAGCAUGAGGCAGCUCUGCACUCACUCAAGGAUCAGAUCCAAACAGUGAAGACUCAGGAGAUGAAUCUGCUGCGGGAUCAGAACAUGGCCCUGAGUGCGGAGCUGCAGCAGAGGAGGACUGACCAGGAGAGCUUCAUGGCCCAGAAGGACGACCUCAACUCACAGCUACAGGAGGCGAAUCGUGCCAACGCUAGACUCCUGGAGCAGCUGAAUGAGCUGGGGCAGGAGAAGGAGAGGCUACAGCAGGACCUGGAGGAGGCCAAGAAGGAGUCGGAGGAGCUGUGGUGGGGAACCUUAACGCCAGUGGAAGAGCCAAUUAGCCAGGGACAGAUACGCGCCGGCCCCGUAGGGGAACCGGUCAGCUGCGGGUCUUGCUCCGAGGUUCGCUCCUAA